GCCAGAUAGUUUAUAUAAAUGCCUAUGUGCGUCAGCACUUCUCCCCACUGAAUGUGCUGUCGGACCGGGCUGUCCAGUCCAAGUACCGGCUUCCCCGUAUGGAGAUCCAACGCCUCGUCACGCUAGUGUCACCACACAUCCGGAGGGCAACCCGCUGCAAUUUUGCCCUCAUCCCGGAGGUGCAGCUCCUGGCCUUGCUGCGUUUUUACGCAGUGGGGAGCUUCCUGGAUGUGGUGGGGGACGGCACCAUCCUCAGCAAGGCAUUGGUUUCACGGGGUGUGGCAGCCGUGACACCGAUCCUCCUGCGCCAUGCCCCGACACAUCCAAAUGCCCACCACACGGGACAAGGUCCGCCAGGUCCACAGUGGAUUUCAUGCCAUGGCAGAGAUCUCUGACCUCAUUCUCUCUCAUCG